AACAAUGGCGCCAUUGAAUGUCAUUAUAUUAUCAAAUGAGUUUGUGAGGCCAUCCUCUCCCACCAAUUAUCCUUUCAAAAAAUAUCAACUAUCCAUGCUGGAUCAAUUAAUGCCUAGUUUCUUCAUCCCCACAAUUCUCUAUUACCAUCACCAGUUCCAAACCACUUCCAUCGCACAACUUGAACUCAUCUCUUCCCGCCUUAGAGAAUCGCUCUCCCAAACCCUGACCAUGUUCUACCCUUUUGCAGGGAGGCUCAAUAGAUGCGACAACUCAAUAGACUGCAACGACAUGGGCGUUCGAUAUUUGGAGGCGAAAGUCGAUUCAAUGAUCAUGGACGUGAUCGAGUGCCACGAAACAGAAAUGGUUGACCCGCUCAUACCCAUCUUGAUGGGAAAUGGUGAAGAAGAAGAUGAGAUUUUCGCAAUCCAAGUUAACUACUUUAACUGCGGAGGUAUCGCAAUUGGCACCUAUCCGAGCUUUCCCUCAUCAUCCCUCUUCCCGCCAAAGAAGAAACACGACUACAAUCCUCAAUCUGAAGACUGUAAAGAGACCCUUGUCACUAGGAGGUUUGUUUUUGACGCAAGUAAGAUAAGUUCAAUGAGAGCAAAGGCGAAAAUUGAUCAUGAUCAUCCCAUUCCAACCCGAGUGGAAGUAGUAUCGACUUUCAUAUGGAAGUACGCUACGGUCGAUAAGCCUGACAAACAAUACAUCGCAUUUCAGGUGGUGAACCUAAGGAGCCGAAUGGUGCCUCCAUUGUCGGAGCAUGCGAUUGGGAAUCUCGUCGUGCCGGCAUAUGCAUAUUGUAGCUAUGAAGACUCUAAGGAUUUAACAGUGAUGGAAAGGAAGGUGAGGGAAGGGAUUCGGAGAAUUGAUGACGAAUACAUAAGGCGUAUUCAAGGGGAUGAAGGGUACGCAGUGAUGAUGAAAAAUUGGACGAAGGUAGAGGAUGCCAAUAUCUUUAGAUUUAGCAGUUGGUGCAGGUUUCCAGUUUAUCAUGUUGAUUUUGGUAUGGGGAAGCCUGUUUGGGCGAGCUUAGGAAGUUAUAACAACAAGAAUUUGGCUAUUCUACUGGAUUCAAAAUGCGGAGAAGGAAUAGAGGCGUGGGUUACUAUGAAUGAACAAGACAUGGCUCGUUUUCAGCUUGCUUUUGUUAGAGCUAAUACAUCAUCAUCAACGUAAAUUAACUUGCAUCAA